UAAAUAAAUAUAACAAAUACUAAAUAGCAUUGUUACAUUUUAUAAGCUCUUGUGAAGCUCUUGUGAAGCCCCCAUAUGAAGCAUCAUCGUUUAAUUAUUUUCCAUGGUUUUUCACAAAAAAACUAUAUACUAAAAAUCAUCAGCAUUCAUUUACACCUGGUUGCCAUGUUUACCAGUAAACAUCCGGAAGCUAUGGCGACACGGGGCUCAGUUUCAAGAGUCGCUUUCGGCAGCUGCCAGAACCGUCUCAUGUUUCCGACGCACUUUGCGCCUGACCGAAUGGGAAAUGAAAUGCUCUCACAGUUUGGUUCAGCUGAAGGAGGACCCGGAUGUUACGACAACCACACGGUUGGCACACUUCUGUAUGAACUCCAACACAAACCUGAGAGUAAGAGGGGAUAUGUGUUUGCAGCCCGCACUGCAUCACGAUUCCUGCCGGCUUUAAAGGCAGUCACCCCUUCACCACAGAAAUACCAGCUGGACUGGACUCUACCUAAAGUGUGUCCUCCUGGAAAAGCUCCCUUCAAUAGUACCACUUUAAGAUUCAGACCUAAAGAUGCAGAAAUCAGCCCUGGUCCAGGGGCAUACGCUCAUGAUGCUAUCCAAAGCAAGAAGGUGUCAUGGCCUAUGAAAUUCGGCUCUCCAGACUGGACAAAAGUGCCGAUGCUGGAGAGAAGAGCACUGCGGACAGAGCUUUUCCAUGACAAAGAGUUUAGGAAACAGAGGAACAGGGUGGCAUAUCUACACUUGUUUUACUGAUGAUACUAAAAUACUACUAGAAGAAUUAAGUGUGUACAAACAUUAAAGCUUUAAAAGACAAGUUUUA